AUGUAUUCCCUACAUGGAGACCCCGAAGAUGCAUAUCCGAGCUUAUCGGAUUUCCACGACUAUGAACCAAACUUAGAAUUCGAUGAUACUGAAUUGCAACAUCCUACAGGAGUCGAUGCAGGUAUUAUCGAUUACAUUGCCCCUCUGAGUACAAAUAGUGGAAGCGGUGAUUACUUAGAAAGUCCCAUGAGCGACGGAACAAUAGAAGAAAAUUUCGAAGAAAUGAUACCACAGGUUACAGAAACAGACGACAGCUUGCCUUAUAUAAAUAAUCAAGAGGAGGAAACAAAUAUAUCGGAAGAGACCAAGAAACGUUUCGAAGAAAUUGCAAAUUAUGGAGUCAUCGAAGUAGUUGGUGAUGACACGGCUGGACGUAAAACUAUAGUUGUCUACGCUUGCAGACUGCCUGCCAAGGAAGUUCUUAAUUUACAACUUCUUUUAGAUUACAUAACCCACACCCUCGACGCCUUCGUCAACGAGGACUACACCCUAGUCUACUUCCACCAAGGGCUCACCAGCAGAAACAAACCACCUUUGACGUGGCUCUGGCAGGCCUACAAAGCCUUCGACAGGAAAUUCAAGAAGAACCUGAAGGCCCUAUAUCUAGUGCACCCGACCAACUUUAUCCGAAUCGUUUGGCAAAUCUUCAAGCCCGCCAUCAGCAAAAAGUUCGGCCGGAAAGUCAUGUAUGUCAAUUACCUUUACGAACUCAGCGACCUGCUGCACUUGGAACAGAUGAGCCUGCCUCAGACCAUCUUAGAUUUCGAUGCCCAAUUGUUGUCAAAAAAUCCAAAAGCGACGACGGUGACGAAUACUCAAGUCGACCGCGUCAAUGCAAAUGUAUCGGCAGUCAGUCAUCAUUUGCCGACGCAACAAUUUGGUGUUUCUUUGCAGUAUAUUAAAGAAAAUCAUCCCGAUAUCGAAGAUGAUAUUCCGCCGAUUGUUAGGCAGUGUAUCGAGUUUCUGGAACAACCUGAUGCCUUAGAAACAGAAGGUUUGUUCAGACGUUCUGCCAAUGUGACGACGAUAAGGGAGUUACAAGAUCAGGUGAACAAAGGCGAGACGAUAAGUUUUGGUGGUGACCCACAUGUUGCCGCUGUUAUGCUUAAGACAUUCCUUCGAGAACUGGAAGAACCCCUAUUGACUUUUGAUCUGUAUGAUGAGAUUAUACAAUUUUUAUGUUGGCCUAAAGACGAAAGACCGAAAAGGGUGAAAGUUCUCAUAUUAGAAAAACUGCCUAUGGAAAAUUUGAAGCUGCUGGGAUUCAUUGCUAAAUUUUUAUGGAAGGUGAUGGACAGGUGCGACCUGAACAAGAUGACCUCCUCCAACCUGGCAGUAGUUUUCGGGCCAAAUCUGGUUCGUCAUCAGACCUGCACAAUGUCACUGCAGGCAAUUGCACCGAUAAAUGCAUUUACCGAUUUCAUGCUGCAGAACCAAGAGUCUAUUUUUAUUGUGUAAGUGAUGAUCAUAAUCAUAAUUGAUGAUGGACUAAUUAUUACGAUGCAUAUUUAAUAUGUAUUCAAUAGGUAAUGUGAAAGAAUUUGUUUAAUUAAGUCAAUUAAUGGUAAAAAAAAUAAUGCUGAUGUUGGUUUGUUUUCGUUCGAGAGACUUGUUGAGAUUUUAUAUGAAAGAGGAUCAAAAUAGUUAGUGACUACUUAUGUUUGUAUAAUAUGCAGAAUUUUAUGAUAUUUGUUAAUGCGGAGCAAGAACCGGUAAAAAAAAUAAGUAGAAAAAUAUUAUAUUACAAGAUAA